AUGGACAUGGGGGAGGUAGACGCUCACUUUGAAACUCUGCGCGAAGAUCUGCUGCGUAUAGUAAACAGCCAGGAGACCACCAACCAGUGCUUGCGUGCUACAAUUGAGAGGAACACACAGGCGUUCACAGACGAUACCGAUGGACUGAGGAAGCGUUUACUAGCCGCUGAGAAAGACAUCGCAGCACUCGAGAAGGAUGUCAACAAACGCACCGAGAUUAGCUGGGCCCUAUACAGCCACAACAAAGAAUUGGUCAAGCGAAACAAGGACCUCGAGGACAAGUACGAGCGAGCCAAGAAGAUCAUCACCAAGGACAAAGCAAAGCUGAAGAGUUGCUCGUGCAAAGCCUCGACAUCACAGAGCCGUUCUUCGUCUCCCACUGUGGAGCACAGUGACACUGGUACUGACACAGCAAAAAGGCCAAGUAAAAGCAAGGUUGAAAAAGAGAAUGCGAAAGUUGGCUCAGGAGAUACAGACACCGAAGAGCCGGCCAUGAAGCGCAGUAAGAUUUCCUCCAAAGUUGCCGGUCCGACAAAUAUCACCCGUUCUAAAAAAGCGGUUGCUGACGAACACGAAGCCGAAGCAGACUGA